AUUCGCACUAUACUCGACUACGAUUUUACGUCUAACCUAUCACCUACUGGCAGCGAGGUCGAACAAAUUCUCCGUGCAGAAGAUCGGAUACCGAAGAACGUGACGCUCACGAUCGCCAAAUGCGUCGAGGUUGACCGAGCCGUGAAUCGGAAACAGAGUACAAAGGCCUUCCUUGACCACGUAU